AUGACCGACAAGAACCAAGGCUCUGCUGUUGUGGUUACUGGAACGGCUAGUACAAUGACUGGUGGCGGCACGACGAAACCCAAGAAAUCCAAGAAAAAUUCGGCGGCUCGGCACAACAAGGGUGCCGUCACGACUGACGGUUCUGCCACGAGUGGCAACAAGGCCAACAGCAAUGGCGUGCCUCCUCAUGCUGGUGGCGGUGGCAAGGGAGGCAACAACAAGAACAACAACAACAAACCAGCUCAGCGCGCCAAUCAUGGCCACCACCACAAUCACGGCAAUCAAGGCCAAUGGAAUCACCAUCAGCCUCAUCUUUCGUCUCAUCAUGGAAAUGUUCCUCAUGGUCAAGGCGGCUGGUGGCACGCCAACAACGGCAACCAUAACAAUGGCAACCCUCCAUACUACUGGAGUCCCCAAGGUGGCAUGGGCGGUCCUCCUCAUCCUCCUCAUGGCCAAUCGUAUGGAUUUGCUCCUGCUGCCGUCAUGAAUGGUUCUUACAUGCCUCCUCCUGGUCCGAAUGGAUUUGCCCCUCCCUACAAUGGCAACAGCCACUACGACAGCAGCAACAACAGCAACAAUUAUGCUCCUUACCCACACCAAGAGUACUACCCGUCACAGCAGGAAUUUUACUACGCUCCCGUCAUGGCGCAAGGAUUCGUGGCUCCAAUGACGGCGGCGACGGCGGCACCGGGAGGAUAUUUCCCUCCUCCGCCCAUGUACCACGUCAACAACAAUUACUACGAACAGCAUCAACAUCCGCAAGAUCCUGCGUACAACAGCCACGAACAUGGCUACGCGGACAUGAAUCCAGCCCAUGUCAAUCAGACACAGCAGCAGCCAGCAGUCCCGUCGUCGGCGUCGUCCUCCAAUGACGGCGAUGAUACGCCGCAAAAGGAAGAGAGUUGGGAAGACGACACCACCAUGGCAUCCACCAUGGCCACUAGCACCGAUCCAAAAGAAGACGACCAAGAAGCUCAGCUCUUUUCCUCGUUGUCGUUUGAUCACAUUCAAUGGCAACUUCCCACCCUACAAGAAGACGAAUGCGCCACCAUGCAUCAGACACUGGUCAAUGGAUGCCGCACGCUUGCCAAGAUUCGCGACGCCGCGGCCGAGAGCGAUCAGCAGCAGCAAGCGCAGUCUACCAUUCUGUCGCUCAAACUCUUUCUCGAACUCGAACGAUCGUUGGAGUUGGCGCACUUUAACGUUCCCACCGUAUUGGAAAAACUAUGGAAGGAUGCCGAACAGUUUCGUCAACAACAGAAUGGAAAAAAGAACAACAACAAAAAGAAACAAGAACUCCCCAAGGCACUCGUGCGACAAAUCAAUACCGCCCAGACCAUUGUCAAUCAUUUGGAGCUCGCCGAUCACGUCAUGAAUGUGGCGCGAUUCCAGCUCUACUGUGGCAAUGGCAACAACAGUACGACUAGUACGACGACUCCUGCCAUUAUUACGCAUUACACACCACCCACCAUUCGAUUCUUGUUGCGCGACAAUGUGGAUCCCGAAACGGGAGAAUCCAAUGGUCGACUCCAAACCAUCUCGUUGGAACAGAUUCAACAAGAACUUCGGCUGACGACGUUUGAACAAACGCAAUCGGUAUCGCGCUGGGGAUGUACCAACAUUCUCUUUCAGCUCUCGGAAUUGGGAUGGAUUGCCAAUCCCAACAUUCAAACCACACUGAGUGCCUACAAGAAAGGUGGCGUCAUUAAUGAUGUCUUGUUGGAUCGCAUUCAUUAUUCCAAACACUUGCACACCGCAUCGUUGCGAGGACUGUUGGCGAUCUACUUGGGAUUGGUCCCCGAUCAGUACCGUGGAUUCAACGUGGUCUUUCAGCACAAAGACACUGAAAUCUGGGAGGUAACGGCUGCCGACGCAACAACCACAACCACAACCAGUACUACGGAGGGCGGCUACAGCAAGAGCACCAAGAAAACCAAGCGCCACAGCAAGACCAAACAAACGGAGGAGGAGGAGGACGACAAACAAACCACCAAGGCCGACGGCAAGGUCGCCAAGAAGGACGAUCAGAAAGGCGUGGCCGGUAAGGACAACAAGAUGGAGAAGUCGUCCAAGGAUUUACCCUACUCGGACGAACACUUUCCGCCCCUCCCGGCCCCUUCGGUCGAUGAGACCAAGUCCACGACGACGGCGUCUGCUGCUACAAAUAAGCCCAAAAAGCACUGGAACAAGAAAAAGGGUCGUGGAAAAGGAAAACGUGACAACAAGGAAAACAACAACAACAAUAAGACCACCACCACCGGACCACAAGAACGGUAG